GCCUGUUUCGUUUACUGACAAACGCCAAGAGCAUGUUUCAGCCGCCUGUUAGCGGUUUCCGAACCACCACCACUUGGCAGCUGCCCGCUACCAAGAUACUCAAUCACGCAUACGAAAUUAUAAGGGCCGGGUGCACCGUAUAAUGAUCAUGACGGCGCCGACGGGCGCUUGGUAGAGACAAGCAACGCCAUUGCACCCACUCUAUAAAGCGUUCUGCCUCCCCCUACAAGAUGCUAACCAGCUACUACGUUCACUACCAUUCUCUCACCCAUUUCCACAUUCGUUACUUUCAAAAUGGCUAAAGGACAGGUCCUUUCUCUUCUUCUCGCGCAGUGCGCAUUGCUCGCUUCCGCUGCUCCCCACGCAUGCCCCAAGCGAUCUUCCGUCCCAACCCUGAGCUCCUCUCUCCCCUCCUCCACCGUAGCACCCAUCAUCGCAUCUUCCCCUGCUGCCUCCUCCACCGUCCGUGCCGAGGCCGCAGCACCCGCCGAAUACACCGCCAACCCUAGCAUUGGCGGCGGCGGCGGCUCCAACGUGGCCGAGUCAGCCCACUUCCGUGUGAUCAGCGCCUCAACCUCUUCCAUAGCCAACCAAUCCCUCCAGCACCUCGAAGCCGCCCAUUCCUGCUUCGUCGAGACCCUCGGAUGGCGCACCUCCGGCCUGUCCUUCAACACUGGCGGCAUCGGCAAGGAAGUCGGGCCCUGGUACAAGCUCAACGUGUACAGCAAGGCCGCGUCCGACAUGUCUGGUGCUGCGGGUGUACAGGGCACGGAUGCGGAAGCGGGCCUUGCGUACCUCAAUGUUGUGGAUGAGUACCUCGAUGUGCCGGAUGUGGUUGUGCAUGAGUUUGGGCAUAGCAUGCAUUUGAGCGAGAAGAACUGGGUUGAUCAGGUGAACACGGGGGCGUGGUGGGAACCGAUUGCGAAUUUCAUCGCGGAUACGUAUAUUUCUACGCCGACUUGCAAUGCUGCGCGCGCCGCGGCGGGCUUGUCGGGCGAGGAGGGCGAGAGCAUUAUUUCGCUGCAGAAAGUCAUCGGAGAUUCCUACCAGGUGCUGGUAGACGGCACCCAAGGAACAGGAAACUACUACGAAUCCUGGCCCUUCAUCGCAUACCUAACCAAUAACCCGGACUCCUACGCCGGUCUCGGCAACGAUACCCUGCUCCGCAUGAUCCGCAAGUACAAGUUAGAGUCCAACGAAACCCCCCUCCAUACGCUAGAGCGCUUGCUCUCUGAAGCGACCGGCAAUGUCACCGUCCAGCAUGUUGUGGGCAGGUACUGGGCGCAUAUGGCGUACGUCGACAUCGGUCACGCCAAAGCACACGAGGCUUUCACCGCUCAGCGUAGCGGGCUGACGUAUGGUAACCUCGACGGCUCCAAUGGUGAAUACACGGUUAAGAGUGCACGCGCACCGAGGUAUUUGGGCGCUAAUAUUAUUCCGCUCACUGCCACCGGAUCCAGCGUCGAUGUGGCUAUCACCUCCGAGGACACUGGUUACACAGCUACCCUUGUGGUAUCAAACACAUCUGGUGUGAAAUACACUGACGUUGUGGCUGGCAAGGGCAGCGUCCAGGUCGCUGAGGGCGACGAGGUUUCCCUCGUUGUAGCCAAGACGCCGGAGCUGGUUACGUACGACGCUUUCAACAUCAGCGAUGAGUUGAACCAGGGUCUGCAGUAUAGCGUCAAGAUUACUGGUGCGACUGCUUAGAGCGCGAUAGUGGGGCAGCGAGACCGAGUGCUAGUGCGCAUGUCGUGGUCGAGCUGUGAGGUUCAUGUUUGGAGCUUGUAUAUACUGUACCUUCAAAAUCUACCAUUUUGCCAUUUGAGUCCCUUUUCCGCGAGGUUCGUCGU